AUGUCUGGCACUUUAUGUGGCAAUACAUUUUUGAAGAGCUUUUUCGAGUGGUCCAUCUGCCGUUAUGAGGUUGACAAGAUCUGCGACGAACAACAUUUCAUGUGCCCAGCUUGUACCCCUUUAAUGCUGGCAAUUGCUGUGGAUGGCAACAGAAAACUUCACCGUUUCAAAAAGGCUGGGAAUUCAGAGGGCUCUGGCUACUUCGAAGGGUUGUUUCUUUGCAAAGAUGAUGAUGUUUCCUCUUUUGUUCAGUAUAUCCGCAAAAAAGUGCAACACGUGGGAGGCAAAGGUGUCUGUGGAUCUGCAGAGUUUGCCGCUGCGAAAGACUUUUCCAGCAAGACCAGCAGUAAGCUGGAUGAGGAGGGAAUUGAAGUCGCUGUCUGUAGGCAUGGUGUUCUUUUGAGGGCACUCAAUAUGUUCAGAGGAGAGAUCUAUGCUUAUCCUUUGUACUUGCAGAAAGAGCUCUGCACAGAAAAUGCAACUUUCUUUUGUGCUGACAUCGUGUGCAAAUACUGGCCAUACUUGAUAAAAGUUUGCCAGGCCUGCCCGGAACUGAGACAUCUUCAGAACAUGAAGCCAUUCCUCUCAGUUAUGCAUGCGAAAGUACAUGGUGUGAAAUGUGAGAUCAAAUGGAGUGGAAGCUUUCAAACGGGCGCUGCAUAUACCAUGGGAGAAGAAGUGGAACAAGCGAAUAGCUUUUUAUCAAGGAUUGGUAUAAGCACUAAGUUCAUGUCCAAAGCAGGACGCACAGAUUUGCUCACAUUGCAGUGUAUGGGGUGGAACAAAAUGAAGGUUCAGAAUAUGUGCCAAACUCUAAAACCAAAAGUCUAG